GACCUAUAUUCAGCUUAGAAAGAAGAUUCCAACAAGGAGCAAGUGAGAAUCUUGUAAAGGAAAUGCUGAUCGAAGACACAGAAAAAUAUAUGGAUUAUUUUAGAAUGGCAUCUCAAUUAUUUGACGCAUUAUUAGCAUUAGUUGGACCAUUCCUUGUUAAAGAAUAUGUUGUUCGCGAACCAAUUUCGCCUGACACUCGGCUCCAGAUUACACUGCGUUAUUUAGCAUCAGGAGAUAGUAUGAAAUCCCUAUCAUAUGCUUUCAGAAUUGCACAUAACACAAUAUCAAAAAUUAUAAGUGAGACUUGUGAAAUUAUUUGGAAUUGUUUAAAAGAUUCAGUUUUUCUAACGGACAACGAAGAAAAUUGGAAAUCUGUAGCUGACGAAUUUCAACAAUUAUGGAAUUUUCCUAAUUGUAUAGGGGCCAUCGAUGGAAAACAUGUUCAAAUCCAGGCUCCGCCAAAUAGCGGAUCAAUGUAUUACAAUUACAAAGGUCAUCACAGCAUUAAUCUUCUUGGAAUCAGCGAUGCAAUUGCUUUACAAUAGUUGACAUUGGUGCCGAAGGCAGACAAAGUGACGGAGGAGUUUUCCGUAACAGCGAAAUUGGGAAACGCUUUGAAGCUAAUUCUUUCAAACUACCAACUCCGAGACAGAUCGAAAUUAAUGGACCAGAAUUACCAUAUGUAUUAGUAGCGGAUGAAGCUUUCCCAUUAUCAAUGCACAUAAUGAGGCCAUAUCCGCGCAGUGGAAAACUUGAUAUUGGAA